GUCCUUCAUGACGCUCCGUAGUCCGUUUUUUUCACCUGUCUGAAAGCUAAAGAUGGCUGAAGCUCCUCCAUGCCCCAGUCGAUUCUUCUGUCACAGAUGCUCACAAGAGAUCAGUCCUCGGCUUCCCGAGUAUAUGUGUCCACGAUGCGAGUCUGGAUUUAUUGAGGAGCUACUUGAAGAGAGAAGUGCUGACAAUGGUUCCGUGUCCAACAUCUCCAGCGGCUUCCAGAACCAACAACCAUUUGAGAAUGUGGACCAGCAGUUAUUUCCAUUCCCUUCAGGCUUUGGUCAGAUAUCCUUCAGCGUCAUUGACGACAGCUUUGACCUUGGGCCUGGAUUGAGAGCGGAGGACAGUCGGGAUGCUGAAAACCAGUCUGAAAGGGUGACGUCAUCUCGGCAGCGACACACUGCAGGGCAACCAAGAAGUCGUCAUGGAUCAAGGCGCCAAGCGGGAAGACAUGAUGGGGUUCCUACUCUAGAAGGAAUCAUCCAACAGCUUGUGAAUGGAAUAAUUGCACCUACUGCAAUGCCAAACAUUGGUGUUGGAGCCUGGGGGGUUCUCCACUCCAAUCCAAUGGACUAUGCCUGGGGCGCUAAUGGGCUUGAUACUAUUAUUACACAGUUAUUAAACCAGUUUGAGAACACAGGGCCACCGCCUGCUGAUGGAGACAAAAUAAAAAGUCUUCCCACAGUACAAAUUAAUGAUGAGCAUGUUGCUUCCAGGCUGGAAUGUCCAGUGUGUAAAGAAGAUUACAGUGUUGGAGAAAACGUGCGGCAGCUCCCGUGCAAUCACAUGUUUCACAAUGAUUGCAUAGUCCCUUGGCUGGAACAGCAUGACACUUGUCCAGUAUGCAGGAAGAGCUUAAGUGGACAGAACACGGCAACGAACCCUCCAGAGCUAUCAGGGAUGAACUUUACCUCAUCUUCAUCGUCCUCCUCCUCCUCUACCCCUCAGUCUUCAGGUUCUACCAGUAACGAGAACUCCACUGAUAACUCUUAGGAAGGGCGUUUGUUUUGAUCGCCUCAUGAGCUGUUUUCUGCUCCUUUGCUGCUCUACUUUAGAGCAAUGUCCCUCCCUGCAGUAGGGCAGAGACCUGAGUGCAUAUCACCAGGAUCACUCAGGCCUGUUUCAUAGGUAAGUGAUACAUGUGUUUAUGUAUUCUUGCCCAGCUUGUCCCCCCCCACCUUCAUCAGGAAUGUGAACAGUGGAAGGGUAGAGGCCUACCCUGCAGCUUCUGACUGGGAGGAUGUGGAAAAGCAUGAGACUGGUGGUGCUGAAACGGCAUCUGAAAGGAGAGUAACUGAGGUAGAAGCACCAAGGCUGCUGGCAGUUUUAUACAUUUUUUAAGUUUGGUUGGUUCAAUUUAACCCACUUUUGCCAUUAGCACAUGAUAUGGUUGUUCCUUUUUUAAAGUAGCAUAAAAAUAUUUGAAUGCUUAGUUUCAUUUUGCAUUACGAUGUAAUCCUUUGGUUUGAAAGAAUAAUCCAUACGUUUCCAAUAAAAAUAAACAAAAGUUUUUAUAAUUGUUUAUUUUGAACAAAUAUUAUCCCAUGAGUUGCAGUGAUUGUUUGAAUUAAGCUAUUUAUUACCAAAGCCUAGCCCAGGUGUUUGAUAACAAUUUAGAUUUUCUAUCCCAGAUGCUACAUCUUUUGGUGACAAAUGCUAAGCUUUAAAAAAAAAAAAACAGUUUGUGGUGCAGAAAUACAGAGAUUGUUUAAUGCUAAACAGAGGCCCACUUUGCACACCCCUGCUCUUUUUCUAGAAGCCAAAACUGCAGUGCAGCACAUAUAUCUUUAAAUUCAAAUAAUUAACCAUUGGAAGGUGAAGAUCAAGGGUAGAAAAUGGCUACACCUUCACUCAAGUUCAGAGGCAUCUUAUUGGAAGUAAAAAAAAAAAACAACUUAGGUUGUUUUAUUUUGUUGCUAACUACAUAGUUUGUGUAAUUCAUUGUAUUACUCUUAAAUAGAGCACAUUAGAAACUAGAUUGUAUCAGCAGCAUUCACUACCCCUAUAUGCAGGUAGCUACAGUAUACUGGACAGUAAACUCAAAGUUGUUCCAUGAGCUGCUCAGUAACAGUUCAACAAUUGUGAGCAGGUCUUUUUUAAUUUCAAGUAGAGGAAUUAUUUUGAUUGGUAUGAACUUGUAAAAUCUACCUCUGAUUACAAACAGGGACCAUUAAUCACUGGGUUAUUACCAGUAUCCCAGAGAACAUGAACUAGGGCUAGUCUAGCUAUUUGAUCUGAAUCUGUAAAUCAGAGGAAAGUUUUAGAAUAUCUGUGUCUGGAUUGAAGGAUUGUUUUCUCUCUCAUAGGAAUGAAAAUGAUGUGAAUUUUUUUAUUUUGUUUCUGGUUUAAAUAGUUUUAAUUGCAAGCAGAAAUAUGUACCAAAAGAUUAAAUGCAGUAGACUUUAGUAUGAAUCUGUGUAUAUUUAGCACAAUUCAUUCCAAGAAUGUUUAUUUGAAUUCUUAAAUCACAAACGGCGCUAGAGAUUCACUGAUCAAGCUUUUCUGGGCCAAAAGGACUUAUCGUUUUCUUUAAAGGCCUGAUCUGUUGAUUCCAAAUUUGACCAGUUUCAUUUUUUUUUUUUUUCAUUAAGGUCUAUAACAGAAUAUGGGUCAGAAUAUGUUGUGGGUUCUCUAAUAAAGCCAGCAGACAAUGACUAAUAGUCUGAUUAAAUCCUAGCAGACAGUCAUUUUUUAUAGGUAUCAAUGCAUUAAAUAAGUUAGUAAAAAUUCAACGUUUCUUUUGAUACUUUCAAGGACAAUCAAGUAAAAACUGGCCAGUCUGGUUGCCUGAUUGGCUCAUUUUUUAACAGUACAUACAAUUAUUGAACUGUUUCCCAUGUAAAUCUCUCAGAUGUUUUCAUCACUGUUUGGUUGGAUGUGUUUGUGGCAUUUCAAUAAGAAAAUCUGGGCUUUAUAAUAUUCUGUAUUAAAUGCAAAGUGGAGCAUGAAUGUAAUAAAGGAUGCCGAUUUUUUUUUUUCUUUUUUCUAUUUUAUAGAAAUAUUAACAUGUAUUGUAUUACAUGUUAAGUUUUGGUUAUCAGACUAAUUUAUGUGUUCCUUUCUUGGUACUCUUACACUCUUAGAACAAUUGAGGGACAAUAGCCCCCAUUAGCAAACGCUUUUGAACCUCUUUUCAAUGCAUAAUAAGGCUUUGAGAUAAUUUUGUACUUUCAAAGUGAUGACUGAUCCAAUGGUAUGCAAAAAGUAAACAGACUGUAUUGAAUCCUUUACUGCUGCACUUGCCUGAUAAAUAUCAUCAAUAAGCCAACCAUGUCAUGCUUCCUUUUAUUGUUUGGCUAUAUGUGUGCAUUUCCUCUACUUUGUACCAUUAUUGUCCCCUGGGACAUUGGGUUCCAAGGCUUUGACUGAAAGAGAUUGUUGUGGUGGACAGAACACUUGUGGAUAGACAAAAAUAAACAUUUGAU